GCUGGUACCAUCAGCUGGUAAAGUUCGCGCGCUUUUAAUGCUAAAAUUAUUGUGCAAAAUUGUUUUGUUUAUGUCGCAGCGUAAAUUAAAUUUAAUUUGUUUUAAGUUUUAAAAAGUGGAUAAGUGCAUUUCAAGAUGUCUGUAAUGCUGGCGAACAUUGAUGCCACAUGUGCAGCCUUGGGUUACACUGAUGGCGAUAAAUAUGAGGCGGAGCCCGAUGCUGCAGAGGCUCUCAAGCAUCUUAUUUGGAUCCUGCGUCGAGAUUUGGAUAACCAUGAAUACCGCCGCCAUUUGGGCAGAGCCAAGGUGCUCCAAACGGAUUUGGUUUACAUGCUGCCGGAUUAUGUGCAUCAUGAGGAAUUGUCUGACCUACUCAUCCGCCUGCUAGUCAUCCUAACUAAUCCCACACUGCUGCUCUACAGAGAGGGUGCUCCCAAGGACAAUCAUGGCAGGAAAGUGUUUAUGGAGCUCAUUGAUAUCUUGCAGGGUUACAAAGCUGCCCUAGCCAAGGAUAAAUUUUGGACUUCCUUGUUCGAGAAACUCAAGCAGGCUCUGGAAAUUGCCUUUGCCAUACGCAGCGAAGAGCAAAAUCUUCUGAUUGAACGCAUCCUGGUGCUGGUAAGGAAUGUCCUGCAGGUGCCAGCAAACCCAGAGGCCGAGUGCCGGGCAGACAACGAUGCCAGUCUCCAUGAUCAGGUCAUUUGGGCCUUGCAUCAAACUGGAAUGCUGGAUUUAGUACUAUUUGUGAUAUCCUCGCCGGAUGAGGAGCAGUUCCAUCUGCACGGACUGGAAAUUGUCUGCCUGCUGUUCAGGGAACAGAGUGCCGAAUCCCUGGCGGAUGCCUCCCUGCAGCGUGGUCUCAGCGAGAAGCAACGCGACCAGCAAGAACUUAUGGCGGCAAGACGCCGGGAGCGUGCUCGCCGUCAGGCUCGUCCACCUCCAGGGCGGCAUUCCCGUUUCGGCGGCACCUACGUCAUCCGGAACAUGAAGUCCGUAUCUGAUCGCGAUGUGAUAUGCCACCAGGCCCUAGAGCGAGUAACAUCGAUCGAUUUUGACCGGGAGAAAGAACAACAGAAGCGGUCCCAUCGCCAUAUACAAGAGGAGGCGCAGGUGACCCGCCGCAGUGCGUUCACCGUGAGAUUGUGCCUGCGCGAGUACUGCAUCGAGGUACUGCGCUCCGCUUACAACACGCUGGUGAGGCAGGUGCGUCGUGUCCUGGAACGCAAUGCCGGCUCGUCGAGUCACGAUGACUCCUAUCUAUUGUGGGCCAUACGAUUUUUCAUGGAGUUCAAUCGUUUGAGUGGUCUACAAUUGCAGUUAGUCAGCGAAUCGUUGAGCGUGCAAUGCUUCCACUGGGUCCUGACGCGCAUGCAACAUGACAUGGACAUGAUUGUGAGCGACAAGAAACAGGCGCGUCUCUGGGCCAAGCGACUGCAUGUAGCCCUUUUGACAUUCCGGGAAUUGCUCCAAAGCCUGUUGGCACUGCAGAAGCUUAAGGAUGACAGCAACGCGCGGGCCCUGUUCGAUAUGUUAUUGAACAACGUGUGCUAUGUGCUGGAGUAUCGGGAGACAGUGCUGCAUUUGUUAAUGAACUACAAUGAGGCGCAUAGCACAAAGGUUUUCCUGCGCGAUGUGGUGGAGACGGCGAACGUUUUCAUUAAAAUGAUGGAGCGCUUCUGCCAGGACUCGGUGGUGGUGCAGGACAAGAAGAGAGGAGGUGGUGCUGGUCGAAGGAAGAAGAAGUCGGCGACCAAGUCCAAACCGUCAACUGAACCACAGCCCACUGAGGAAGAAUUGUCCAGCAAAUGGGCUGAAUUGGCAACGGAAGUGUGCAGUGUCCUGUCCACAGAAUUGCAAAUGCCAGAGGAUGAGCAGCCAAUACCCUUCGAUGCAGCAUCCGAGAAAUCCAUCGAUGAUCAGCGCGAGGAUUGCAUGAUUCGCAUAAAUAAGCUGCUGCGUUCCGAGAAACUGGACCAGGCUGUUGCCCUUCUUCGAGCCGCCAGGGAAGUUUGGCCGGAGAACGAAGUGUUCGGUGCAAUUUCCGCUGCACCGGAAGACGAGCUGCUGCUGCUGCGUGAGAUUUUCAUGUCCAACAUUACAACAGCUGAGCCCGAGGAGAAGGAAAAUGAAAACGAGGACGAAGACGAUGACGAAGACUUGGAUAACGAGGAAUUCGAGGAGCAGGAUAAUGGACUCACGGAGAAAACGUUCAAAUUUGAUGAUUUGGCUCGCAGAUUGCUGCAUCCGAAAAUUGUUCGCGCCUGCACAUUAGUUUUAUCGGAUUGGGCGGAUAUACCCACACGAUCCUUAAAAGCAGCCGUAACUAUCCUGCAUCGCAUCGCCUACGGCUGCAAGUGUCCGGGAAUGCUUUUUCAGGCCAAGCUGUUUCGCAUCUUUCAACAAGUCCUCAGCGUGGAACGUGACGUCCAUCAGGAGGAGCUGCGUCGCCUGUCCAUCUUUGUGGUGCGCAAAUUUGUCGAGGUGGCCCCGUCUAAUCCCAAAAUCUAUGCAGAGUUAUUAUUUUACAAAGGCAUCAGGGAGGCAAAUGAGCUGGAGACGGGCUAUUGUGACGCCUACGAAGCCGGCACCAAAGGAGCCUGGAGCGAGGAACAGGAGUCGGAGCUACGCUUCCUCUUCGAGGAGAACCAGCGCAAUCCGGAAACCGAUAAGGAUGUGAUUGAUUGGAUUCUGGACAAUUUGGUCGACAAGACGCGCAAUCGUCGCACUGUCCUGAAGAAGCUGAAGGAAUUGGGCCUGCUGUUCAAGGCGCCAACGAAACGUUCGACCAAAUCAGCCCAGGGCGGCAAAAACCUCUGGCAGCCGGAAGAGGAUGAGGAGCUAAGGAGCUUAUACGAUCAGCAUCGCACUGAACCGGAUUGCCUGGAUCGUAUAGUCAAUGUGUUCGCAGAGCGGCGCUCUAAGCAGCAGAUCAUCAAGCGGAUGUUACAGACCUAUUUGAUAGCGGACAAGUCCGAGAUCUUACCACCCAAAAAGGGGCGUGGCAAGGGCAAGUCGAAGAAACAGCAACCAGACAAUGAAGAAGAGCCAGAUGAGUACAGCUUUACAGAGGAACCCAUGCUUAAGAAGGAAGGAUAUAAGAAACCCAAGACCAAACCUAAAAAAGUUGCAAAACGUCAGCUGGUUCGAACACCAUUGGAUGUGGGCACUGUAAGAGCUCUGAUCUCUCAGGUGGAUGCCGAGAAGUAUCAAUCGGCUAUUGAGUGGCUGCAGGAAUGUCUGCAGGAUGCCAGCGAGGAUACUGAAGAACCAGCCGAGGAGGAUGAUGGUGUCCCUCUGGUGCCCUUAAUGCAGGAUCAAAAGGAUGCCAUGGAGGAUGGUGAUUUCAAAAAGGUUCUUGUCUCUCUGGGCAUGCAACCGCCUAUCUCGGGCAUGGAAACCUACUGGCGUAUUCCAACCUAUCUAAAUCAAGCUGACUUACAAGUGCGUUCUAAAAUCCUGGCAGGAGAUGAUGUGAAUGUUGAACCCGAAGACGAGGCUGCAGAGGAUGAUGACGAGGAGGAGGAGGAAGAGAAUGAGGAAAGUGAGGAAGAGGAAGACUUCCUAGAAAAGCACAGCAGGCAGCGUCAGGAGAACAUAGCGGCCCAGCAGCAACAAAAACUUGAUAGUCUCAUGUUCAACCAAAGUGAUGACGAGGACGAGGAGCGGGCACCACCAAAAGCCAAGGACAAACCCAAGGCCAGUGAAAAGAAGGCCAAGCGAAAGGUCAAAGACAAAGCCAACGCCAAAGCCAAGAAGUCAAAGGACUCUGGUGACGAAGGGCAAGAUAAACCGGCGCUAGAGAAACCCAACACGGAUGAUUUAUUUAACCAAUUGAGAGCCAAGCGCGCCACUAAAAUCAAACUAAGCGAUAUGGCUCUAAAUGAGUCAACAAAGGCCCCUCAAGAGGCGGACGACGAUGAUGCAUUUAACUUUAACUCGGAGGACUAUCGUGCUCGGUUGCUCGAACUGGAGGAAGAGGAGCAGAAGGACGAGAACGAGGAUGCCGAUGCCCAUGCCGAUGCCGGUGCCAAUGAGGACAAAGAGAACAUUACCAAUAAGUCCUUGCAGCGUGCACGUCGCGUUAAUGUAAUUGACUCGGAUAGCGACAACGAUGAUGAUGGCGCCUUGCCUGCCGACAAGACAAACAAACGCCCACGCAGUGAUGUCGAUCGGGAGGAUGAUGACGAUGAUGGUCACAUGGAAGAGGACAGCGACGAGGAGGCCAACUUUCUGGCUCGCAAAAAGCCAGCCAAAGUCGAUGGGGAGCCGGCCAAGCGGCGUCGGUUGGCCAUCAUCGAUGACGAUGACGAUGAGGAUGAUUUUUAAUGCACUCCCGUUCUGCUUUUGAUUUUAUAGCUCACCGGAAUGGAAGCUCGAAUAAAUGUAACUUUAAAUUUGCA